GGAAUUCAUCGAAGCGAAAGAUGAAAAGGCCACGUACUUCUACGUUGAUGUUUGAUUAUUGAAAAUAGCCCCGAGAAUAGUCAAUGCUUAGGCCUCACAAUGCUUGGAUUGAAGUGGACGUCAUCAUAAAUUUUGUAGCACAUGUUAUAAUCUAACUUUCUGUCACUGAAUCUGAUGUUCAAAAUAAAGAACUUAAGUAAAUAUUAUUCUUCCUUUGUGAUGUUCAUGAUGGAACUAAGGCAGGUGCAUGAUCUUUUUAUUAUAUUGGAUUCGACUGUAAUUGAUUUGAACCUCAAGGGCAUCAAGGCUGUUUUGAUUGAUACACCUUUAUGACCUUACAUUCCGGAAUGUUCCUCAGAAGCUUGAUGAUGUUACAAGAAUUGUUUGGGUGAAAUGUUUCUUGUUGAUUCCACACCCGAUUUGGAAUCAAGCCAUGCACAAUUAUUCGAGCAACCAAGGGACUUACGGUUAAUCGGCUCUGUUCCUGUAUGAUGAUUAUGUCUCAGGGAACUUAUUGGUUUCCAUGAAGGAUAUUGCUCUAACCAGGGAGGCCGGUAGAGGAGAUCUGUAUCAUCAUUUUAAUGCAUUUGUGUACUUGACAAGGAACGAUAAAUUCUAAAGACAUCUGAUAGCGAACGUUUCUUCUAAGAUUUUAAUCUCAGUGAUCGACUGAGAGCUUUAUAUGCACUAUAACUGAAGAGAGGAAGGGCUCCGCUCCAGCUUUUGUGAUGAAUUUCAAAUCACAGCCCAAAUAAAAACUAUUCAUUACAUUGGCUUCCCUCACUCUGUGAAAAGGUCGCGAGCGAACAUAUCGAACUGCGGAGCGGCGUGCACCAAACUUUGUGUGGCGCCAGUUAGCAACUACACAAAAUCGGUCACUCUCUGAAUGCUGGUCGUCUGCUUGUCAAGGCGGUGUGUUUGGCUGACAUGUAUACGAGCAGGUACAUGGCAGUCUCGUAAAAGCAAUCAAUCUGUGUUCAUAGAGAGAAACUAAAGCAUUGUUAACUAUUACUAUAUACACCAACCACGACGCAUGCAGUAAAUGGGUAAAGCAUGAUUAUUGUGUAAACAGACACUAAUUAGGAGAUGGUUUGGAGGUUUUCGCCGACAGCAUAUGCGGGAUGACUUCUAAUUAAGUACACUAUUAUAAUAGGUGAGGCAUUAAAAGCAAAAAGAUGCAUUACCUGUCUGUUUGAUUUUUCUCGUCAUGGAAUAUGAUAACAACUUUCUCAGAAGAUUAAGGCCUACAAUACAAGGAUUCAACUUUCGUUCCCUAUCUUGGAUUUCAUUUCUACGGAUUCUCGACAAUCAAGGCCGAGGUAUCUCCUGGACUGUAUGUUUUUAAAAACCCAAAUUUCCAUUUUGUUCUUGGAAUACAAUACCCAAUUGGAAUAUGUUCAAUCUGAGCCUGAUAUAUCUAAACAUGUAUUGACAGUGAUUGUGGUAUCAAAAUGUAAAUUGUGUGUUAUUACUAGAUAUACAAUGAGCGAGGAUGCAGUGUAUUUUACAUCCAUGAUGGGGUUGUCGUCAAAGGUGCCAUCAUCGUCUUCGAUAUCAACGCAUUGAUCGAACUCACAACCAUGCCCCUGGUCGGGAAGACUGUCUAUCGAUGCUUCAAGAGCUGCUCCUUCGUUCCUUACUUCGAUUCCGACCCUCUGGAUCAGCUCAAAGACCACUGCAUAUGUGAACAACAUCAUCUACCAACUCAUCAACCACCGACAUCCUCCUCGUCGUCGCCUUCAAAGCGACCGCCAACAUCGAAAAGGCCAAUGAGGGGGAGAUCGGGAGGAAACAAGCUCAAAGGAGCAAGGUUAGCGUCAAUCGCCAGCCUACUCGACAUCGGUUUCAACGAAUGGUCUCCUCACGACCACGGCACCUCGAAGAAGCAGAACGGUCGGACGACGACCAGGGGUGCGACCAGGAGAAAGUCAGAUCGCAAUGCCCCUAACAUCCAGGGAGAUUCGUCCACAGACUGCAACAAGCAAUAUCAGAAGGAAUGUCAACCAUUCCGUUUCUACGAGGAUACCGGCCGAUAUAUGGCGGAAUAUCGGGCAAGGCAUGUCCAGAGACUGGUUGGGUUUGACGGAAGCAGCGACCUGGAAGAUCUUACAUUCGGAGAUAACAUUCCAGAUCCUUACGUCUUCAAAACGGCACCGUUUAAGAGAGCUUUUGAGGUCAUUCAGAGUGCAAUAGUGGCUGAACGAAAACAAACUUCGAAUGGCCAAAAUGGGUCUCGGUCCAGUCAUGUGUGUCCUAACCUAAGCCCAACCACCAACGAACGUCAGCAAUGGCGUCCGUCUGAAGUCAAACACCUUCCAGGUCUGACCACGCAGCCUAUCUUCGCGACUAACGUCGAUUCCGUGUGCGCUGGAAUGAGACAUGUCGGGCAAGACGUCUUUAAACCUUCACCGCUGCCGAAGAAACGCCGACCCGACAACUCGACAGCGAGUAGCAAACGAUCGCUGGUUUCCCGCCAAAACAAGUUAGACGACAAAGCAGUUGUAAGUGACAAACUUGAGACAGCGCUUGGUCAAAGCCGUUUGGCCAUGCGUGAUCGUCUAGGAAUCAACGACGAACAUUCUAACCCGUCUCGCCAAUCAUCGUCAUCGUCAACGUCAACGCGCAGCCCUGAUGAUCUCUCAACCAAAACAAGCACGUUAUCGACGAGCACGUCGUCAACGACGAAAUCGAAGGCGGACUGGAUGGCGAUGUCGGUGGAUCAAGCAGAAGCCACGCGGACGAUGCUGCUCUUUUUGCAAAAGGCAAGAGGGGAUGUUGACAGGUCGCGCGAGAAACGGACUCGUCGAACGUUGCCGAACGGAAGUGACGGGACAUCGACUAGGGACAAGCAAAGAUUCACAGCUAUGCUUUGCAGAGAGGGUGAGAAGAAGAGACUUCAGUCAACUGAAAUAGCAGGUGAACCAUCACCACCGGUCGCUGGGCAACUGAAGAAUGGACGAUUGAAGAUGAAGGUGUUUCGACCAAGCGGGACAGGAGAUAUCAAGCUUGAAGAGGCUUUGAAGGCGGGAAGACUACAUGUGACUGUCGGACUAGAAACGUGAACUCUCAGAAGUACCCGCCAUUUUGACAUGGCGCAUGUCUGCUGGUGAUAAUAUUGAAGAAAAAGAAAGAUGUCCAAUCUAAGACAGGAGUCUUAUGUGAUUGAGGCAGAGUGAAUCAGUUUCGAGGCCAAAUUUCAGAGAUUGAAGUAAUAAAGUGAGGUACACUUUAUGAGAGAAGAUGGUUUUGUGAGGAAGUGGAUCGAAGAUAUAAAGGAUGCAUGAUACCGGAAGCGUUUGAGCAGAAUGUAAAUACUAUUCUGAUGAAACAGAGAAGCACGUUCUGUCAUGCUGAAUUUGAAAAGAAAUUGAGAUGGGAAAGGUUAGAAAAAAUAAAUGGUACGAUAAUCAUACCUUUUAUUUAGUCACCCAAUUAUGUUUCGCGCUAGCUUAUAGAUCUCAGCCAUCGGGAAUGUUACCAGGAUCGGUUGUUUAUACGAGCUGUCGAGUGUAACAUAGCUAUAUUUAGAUAUUACUUAGACUUUAUUCCCGGAUAUAUUAAUCUAAUUUGUAGGUUGGUGAAUAGAUCCGAGGCAUAAUUUUGUAGUUCUUAUAUGAAAUGCUCGGUCAUUUUGCUCUUCAGUGUCUAUCUUACAAUAGUCUGUUGAUCAGCAUGAUUAUAUUUGCUAAUGAGUAUCUGUGUACACUGGUAUGCUUAUUAUGAAUCAACCAGGGGACCGACGGUUUAUAUUGUCUUGGCAAGGAUUAUGAAGGGCACAUAGAACUAGUUUAGACCCCAAAUCCUCUGUUUGGAAUACCAGUAGCAGUUCUCUAACAAAGCAAUCAUGCCUCAUUGGAUAUUUUUCAAUCAAUUAUCAACUUUUGUAUGAAUUGUAAUGUGAUGCACGAAAAAGAAUAAUACCGGUAUUAACAUACCAGUCACCAAUAUUUGGUUGCAAUCUGUGAUAUACACAAUAUUCGAUAUGAUUGAUACUAAUUUAGGCAAAGCAAUGUUUGGACCCCGGUUUGGACAAGGACAACUUCAUAACUUUAUGGGCUUAAAGUCCAGAGAGGUGAAGUUUGAGAGGCCACACAGUUUAGUUCAAAAUUAUAUACAUAUAAAAAUCAAAGUCACUUUCUUUCUGAUAUAUUAAGCAUUUUGAGAACUGAAUAAUGGUAUUCGUUUUUUUAGCUCAUCCGUCCGAAGGGCCAGAUGAGCUUAUGCCGUGGCGUGGCGUCCGUCCAUAGUUUCUAAAUGCUUCUUCUUCGCCAUUUCAAGUCCAAUUUCAAUUCGGUUUGCUUUGUAUGAUAGCACUAGCUUGGGGAUUCAAAACUUCAACACAGAAUUUUGAAACUCAUUAAAUGUGCUAAUUUAUGUACAUUUUUCAAAAUUCACAAAAAAUGCUUCUUUAUUUGUUGACCGAUUUUGAUUUUUUUUUGCUUCCUAUGGUAGAGCUUCAUGAGGUUCACCAAACUUCUAAACAGAAUUUUGAAAUUUCGACUAGAAAUUUUUUAUGCUAAUUUAUGCGUAUUUUUGAAAAUUCACAUGAAAUGCUUCUUCUUUCAUUGUUGACCGAUUUUGAUAUUUUUUUCUUCCAUCUGGUAGGUUCACCAAACUUCCAUACAGAAUUUUGAAAUUUUGAGUUGAAAAUUAUUUAUGCUAAUUUAUGCAAAAUUUAUCCAUAAAUCACAAAAAAUGCUUCUUCUUUAUUUGUUGACCGAUUUUGAUUUGUUUUCUUGUAUCUGGUAGAGCUGCAUGAGGUUCACCAAACUUGUACACAGAAUUUUGACUAGAAAAUUAUUUAUGCUAAUUUAUGCAAAAUUUAUUCAUAAAUCACAAAAAGAUGCUUCUUCUAUGUCAUUUCUUCAUCAAUUGCAAUUCUGUUUCCUCAAUUUAUGUCACCAAUAUAAUUCACUAGUGUCAACUGGGCUGAAAUUAAAAAUUGUGUUAAAUGUUGUUGCAAGAUGCAGAAUGAGCUCCACAUCAUAGAUGUGCUAGUUUAUAUGCAAAGUGCUUUGGGCAUUCUCCUCUUGAAUAGUGGUAUAUAAAGGCCAAAAUUAUGUAAGUAUAUGUACAUGUGUAUGUAUACUCUAGGAAUCAGAUAAAACAUGGGAAACAUCGAUGUACGCAGUUUGACCCGUGUCUUAACAAUGUUUACAUAUCUAUUGGUAUGAAUUCUUAAUAGGCGGAAUAUCAGCGCUAAAAUGUGUCAUUUUGAAAGAAAAUUAGUUCUCAUUGGGCUAUCCAAAUUUUGCUGCGCAAUGCAUGGCAUAUUUAUUGGUAUUUAUAUGAUUAAUAGUGGUUUUAAUAUGACACUUUUAUUGUUAUUUGUGGUAUUCUACAAUAAUUCUUCAAGUCGUUUAAUGCUCUACUCGUUAAUACUUCGUCCACAAAUGUAAUGUUUAGAUAGGUACAGCUUCACAAAUUUAUGAGCUUAAAGUCUGAAUAUACCAAGACCAUCAGAGAUAUAAACAAAAAAUCACCUUGCACUGAGGAAGGGACCACACACAAAAUAAGUGAAUAAAAUAGAUAUGACGUAUAGAAUAAAAUAUAAAGGAAGGUUAAGAUAAGUGAGUCUUUUAAUACAAACUAUCAUACAAUUUCGAGUCAAGCUGACUAGCUAAUGACUGGUGAUAUAGUUCAAGUCAAUCUACUUAGUAAUAAUGUAAAAUGCAGAAUUGUUUAAAGCAGAAUUCUACUUGGUCUUGAUGAGAAAAUAAGAUCAAGUUAGUUUACGAGUCAGCUAAUUACAUUGAUCUUUGUGUGCAAUAAUUCAAUAUGAACAUUCCUUUUCUACUUAUUUGCUACUUCAAUUAAUCUCUUGUUACAUUAUUUUCAUACAUUUUCACAUGUUAGGGUGAAUUUUAUGCUCGUUGAAUUUUUAUCAAAAAAUACUGUGUAACACUACAAAAAUAGAAAUUGCUUGCAUAAAAUCUGUAUAGAAAUUUAAUAUGUUUAGCAAUGAGUUAUACCAUGGCCUAAGUUAAACCAGACCUCAGAAUAUGGGCUAAUAUGUUUAUAGAUUUGGCUGAUCGAUGUCUUCGGAAGACAUUAUUUGAGUACUAGUAAAUUUAAAGUGGACUUUAUUUGUGUGAAAGCAAACUUCUCACGUUUCUUCUUUCUUGAGAGCUAGUUAUUAAAUGCAAUGUCUUUCACCAAUUAUUCAAAUUUUGCAUUAUUUUGCAACAUGUUUGUAUUUUAAUUUGUAAACAUAUUUUCAGCAUUACUCCUAUGUGUUUACAAAGUAUUAUUACCUCCUAUUAUAAAAGCCUCUUUAUUUACUAUGUUUGUACUUUACCCAUAAUGCAAUUGUUUCCUGCAGAUGGAAUGGUGCAUGUUGAAGAAAAAUAUGUAUGUAAGACAGAUCACAUAUACCAGUUCAUAAGACAUCUAACCUACAAAAUUGUUCCAUUUGAUACAUAACAUAUAGAAUAAUGAAUCCAUGUUUUACUAUUGAUUUAAUAAAAAAUAUGUAUUGCUAUUGAUUUAUUAAGAAACCAUGUAUUAUACCCAGUUGUUGUGUGUCCGGACAAUCGAUUUUAAACAGCCAUUUGAAAAAGUAAACAAGCUAAUUUUCAUCAAUUUUUAGUGCAAAGUCUUAGGCAAUAUUACAGAGAACAAAACUGAAAAAAAGUUACAACUACUGAAUUCAUAUUUUUUGUGCAAUCCAAAGACAUGAAAAAGAAGGUUUCAAAAUUUCAAAGUGUCCGGACACCCGCCCCCAAAUCCUACCACUGAGUUAAUAUGAAACUAUGUAUUACUUUUGAUUUCAUGUGAAACUGUAUAACUUUUGGUUUCAUAUGAAACUAUUUAUCGCUACAUUGAUUUCACAUGAAAUUAUGUAUUACUUUUGAUUUCAUAUGAAAUUAUUGAUUAUAUUUGAUAUCAUAUGUGAUAAACUAUGUAUUAUUUUUUAUUUCAUAUGAAAAUAUGUGUUACUAGUGAUUUCAAUGACAAUAUACUGCACCCACUUUGAACAGUACUGGCUCCAUACCAGCUCAAAACUUUCCUCAGCUUUGAUAACGACCAUCAAGUCAAUUCAAUGUUAGUCCUGAAAAUGACAAUUAAAAUAAUAACAGGAUUCAUGCCCAGA